AUGUCAUUUCAAAUAUUUUUAAUUCUGCUUUAUGUGACUGGUCGUUUAUGUGAACUGGACGUUGAUGAAUGUGCAAUGAAACCGAAAAUAUGUCACCAUGGAGUUUGUCUAAACGUUCCCGGCUCGUAUGAGUGUUAUUGCCGACCAGGGUAUACGGGCGACAGAUGCGAUCAGGACAUCGACGAAUGUUUAUCGUCACCGUGUAAGAAUGGGGGCACCUGCCAGAACUUGGAGAACAAUUAUGAAUGUACUUGUAUGGAGGGUUUCGAAGGCAAGGACUGUUCGAUUAAUAUUAACGAAUGCGAAAAGAAUCCAUGCGCCGCCGGCUCUACAUGCGUGGACGGCAUCGCUAGCUACACGUGCGUCUGCCAGGACGGACUGACGGGGCCCAAUUGCGAAACGGAUAUUGACGACUGUCAGAGUCAACCAUGCCUGCACGGAGGGCGCUGCCUGGACGGGCUGAACAGCUACUCGUGCGAGUGCGCGGGCACGGGCUACACGGGCGAGGACUGCGCCACCAACAUCGACGAGUGCGCGCCGGAGCCCUGCCGUCACGGCGGCACCUGCAUCGACGACAUCAAUGACUACCACUGCGCCUGCUACGCCGCCUAUACCGGCAAGAAUUGCGAGGUGGACAUAAGCGACUGUGAACACGAGCCUUGUAAGUUCGGCGGGGUGUGCCUGGAGCGGUCCAAUGCGAGCCUGUACAUGCCGGAGGGCGCGGCCAGGAUACAGGUGGGGCACCAGCCACAGAUGUUGCUCCCUGAGUUCUUCUACCAGCCAUUCUCAUAUGAAAAUGCAGCAGGUUUCGAGUGCGUGUGCGUGAAGGGCACGAACGGGUCGCGUUGCGAGACCAACAUCGACGAGUGCCAGAAUUCUCAGUGCGGACAGAACGGCAAGUGUAUCGACGGCAUCGGCGGCUACACCUGCGACUGCUUCGCCGGCUACGAGGGCAAGCACUGCGAGAACGAGAUCGACGAGUGCGCCAGGUACUCUCCUUGCGCCCACGGCAAGUGCAUAGACGGUCGCGCGACGUACUUCUGUCUGUGCGCGGCGGGGUGGGGGGGACAGAACUGCUCCGUGGUGCUGCAGGGCUGCCGCGACGCGCCCUGCCGCAACAACGGCACGUGCCACCCCUGGCUCUACGACGAGACCGAGCACCGGUUCAACUGCUCCUGCACGCCCGGACACUACGGCACCACCUGCGAGAAGAUAACAACGAUGUCUCUGGAGAAAAACAGCUACGCCGAAGUAAACACAUCUCGUGAAGAAGGAUACGACAUAUCCUUCCGUUUCAAGACGACCCUAAGCAACGGUCUCCUGGCCAUGGGCCGAGGGCUCACCUACUUCUUCCUGGAGCUGUCUAACGGAAGACUCAACCUACAUUCAAGUCUACUCAACAAGUGGGAGGGAGUGUUCAUAGGAUCUAAUUUGAACGACAGUUUGUGGCAGAAAGUGUUCGUCACGAUAAACUCAUCCCACCUGGUAUUGGCUGCGAACGAGGAACAGACUAUAUACCCCAUCAGCCAGAACGAGGUGUACAAUUCGUCGGUGACGUCAUUCCCCACCACCAGACUGGGGACGGCGGGCUCCUCGUACGCGACGGUCACGCACGGACCCAACUUUUUCGUGGGCUGCUUCCAAGAUGUGGUCGUAAAUGGACAGUGGGUACUUCCGGAGGACUCGAACGCGACGGGAGAGAGCGCGACCGAGCCGAGCGCGGGGUCGGGCGAGGCGGGCGAGGAGGAGAGCGGCUCGGGCGAGGCGGAGGGUGGGGGCGGGGCGGUGCGCGGGCGGGCCGUGCUGCGCGGCGUGCUGGCGUCGUGCCCGCGCCGCCCGCAGUGCGCGCCCAACCCGUGCCGCUCGGGCGGCGUGUGCCUGGACGCCUGGACCAGCUUCGUGUGCACGUGCCCGCGCCCGCACCUGGGCCACACGUGCCAGUACCACUACACGCCCGCCACCUUCGGACAGGAAGCGGCGACCCCGCACUCCAUCGUGCAGGUGGCAGUAUCGGAACCGGCACGGCGUGCGGUGCGCGCUGCCCUUGACAUCUCCAUGUUCAUCCGCACGCACAAGCCCACCGGACAGAUCUUCUAUCUAGGAUCUAUACCCAGAUACGGGGCCACGGACGAGACGCUGGUGGGCGCGUCGCUGGAGGGGGGCGAGCUGCUGGUGCACCUGCGCUUCAACCAGACGCCCGAGAACUACACGGUGGGGGGCACGCGCCUCGACAACGGCUACCUGCACCUCAUCGAGGUGGUGCGCAACUCCACGCUCGUGCAGGUCAAGCUCAACGGCACCGAGUACUUCCGCAAGUCCAUCUCCGCCGCCAAGCAGAUCGAUGCCCAGGUGCUGUACCUGGGUGGGCCGCCGCCAGCCCCUACGCCCCCUACGGCCGAGCCACCGCUGCCCCCCACGGCCGCGCUUUCAGCCCCCGGUGCGGCCACCCCAGCUGCCCCCGCCGCUCCCACCCCCGCCCCUACUCCGGAUACGCCACCCAACGACGCCGAUGACGCCGCCUACUUCAAGGGCAUCAUACAGGAUGUGCAGAUAUCGAACGGCGUGAACGUGACGAUCGUGGAGUUCUUCCCUCUGCGCGUAGAGGGCUUGCAGCUGCCGCCCCCCUUCGGGGUGGUCACGCUGGACCCGCAAGGGGUGUUGCGCGGGGUCGUGACGGACGACGUGUGCGCGCGCGCCCCCUGCCACCACAACGCCACGUGCACCAACACAUGGAACGACUACACGUGUCAGUGUCCUCGUGGCUACAAGGGCAAGCAGUGCUCCGAGGUGGAGUUCUGCCAGCUGCAAGGCUGCCCCCUCAACUCGCACUGUCGCAACUUAGACGCCGGGUACGAGUGCGUGUCGAACGCCACGUUCGACGGCACGAACACGACGCUGACGUACCGCCUGCGCGUGCCGGCGCGGGCCCCCCCCCUGGCGCCGGCCCUGGCGCCGCCCGCCCCCCCGCGGGACCUGCCCGAGUCGCUCACCAUCACCUACAGGAGCAAGACGGGCGGCACGCUGUUCCACGCAGAGAACGGCGGGUCGUGGUUCACGGUGGGCGUGUUCAAGGAGCAGGUGAGCGUGCAGUGGCGCCUGGGCCCCGCGCCCGUCCCCAGCCUGCGCCGGCUGCGCGCCUCGCACUCGCUCCUGCACUGGACCACGCUGCGCUUCAGCCUCGCCGCCGACACGCUCAGGGGAACGUUCAUCGAGCCGAGCGGGCACGAGGACAACUCGCUGAGCGCGCCCAUCGACACGCGCGCGUGGCAGGCUCUGGUCAUGGACGGGCGCAUCCACCUCGGCGGCAUCCAGCACUCGCGCCUGCCGCCCACCACCACUCCCAACUCCGUGGCCACUGCUAUGAUGGAGAGUUCCACCGACCCCAAUGUAUGGGAGUACUCAGAGGGCGAGGAGGUCAUCGGUGAUAAUCUAGCCGGGGAGUUCUUCAAGGGUUGCAUGGGCGCGGUGCACGUGGGCGGGCUGCUGCUGCCCUUCUUCACGGAGGAGGAGCUGUUCGUGGGCAACACCGCCGCGCUGCUCGCCGCGCAGCCCCACUACGCGCUGCUGUCUGGGCGUCCGUACGGCGCCACGACGGGCGUGGGCUGCGUGCUGUGCCUGGAGAGCGACUGCGCCAACGGUGGCCACUGCGUCAACGUCAUGACGUCCUACGCCUGCUCCUGCCCGCCAGGGUACGAGGGGGACUACUGCCAGAUCGACGUGGACGAGUGCGCCACGCACCAGUGUCAGAACGGCGCGACCUGCAAGGACGGAGUGGCCAGCUACACCUGCAUCUGUCCACUCGGCUUCUCCGGAGAACGGUGCGAGUACGACAUCGACGAGUGCGAGUCCUCGCCGUGCCAGCACGGCGGCACGUGCACGGACGGCGCGGGCGGGUUCACGUGCGCGUGCACGGGCGCGUGGCGCGGCGACACGUGCGCGCUGCCGCGGGACCGCACGUGCGCGCACCGGCCCUGCGCGCGCGGGGCCAGCGCCUGCAGGGACCUGGCGCCCGAUCCACCGACCGGUAACAACUUUACAUGCCUAUGUCAAGAAGGGUUCGAGGGCGUGUACUGCGAAUACGCAUUCUGCGAGGUGACGCCCUGCGUGCACGGAGUCUGCGACAAUAAGACGGCGCAGUGCUCGUGCGAGGCGGGGUUCGUGGGGCGGCGCUGCGAGACGGAGCGCGACGAGUGCGUGGAGGCGGGCGGCGCCGCGUGUCUGCACGGCGGCCGCUGCCUCGACGCCAAGGGCGACUUCCUCUGCGACUGCGACGGCACCGUUACAAAAGGGACGACAGCUGCUAAGAAACUCAUCACCGCAGUUUGUGAAUCACUGACCACGAUAGUCGCACUUGCGCGGACGACGCGACGCGAACGACGUUCAAACAAUUCCUUCCGCGCUGAAUUAUUAACUAUAUGA